AUGGUGCUCAAUUCUUCCGCUGCUAUUAGUCGUUUGGAUACCAUCUAUCGAAAUAUUCUCCUCUCCAAGUUUUUCGUCAAAGGAUGGGGCAACCCGGAGAAUAUGAAAAAAAUUUUCAAGUUUCGCAAAAUCAUUUCCAAUCGAAACACCUGUCAGCACCUGGUUUCCUCCGACCACCCAGUGUACAUUGAUCGCAAAGUGGAGCAAACAGAGCACUACAAACUGUACGAGGGACACUUCUGGUCGCCACUGGUUGACUACCUGCACGAUCUAGUUCCCAAGGAAUCUCAUCGCGCACAUUUUCAGCUGAUUGUUCCUACAAAGUGGCCCUCCGACUACCUUCGCCCACUUUGCAUUCAACUGGCCGGCACGGGAGAUCAUAACUUUUGGAGGCGACGCAAUUUUAUGGCCAAACCGCUGAUUAAAGACUAUGGCAUUGGGUCAAUCAUUCUAGAAAACCCUUUCUACGGCCUUCGUAAACCAGUGAACCAGAAUCGUUCCAAUUUGAACAACGUUUCAGACAUCUUCAUCAUGGGUGGCUGUCUGAUUUUGGAAACACUAGCACUGCUUCACUGGGCGGAAAAGAUGGGCUUUGGUCCGUUGUGCAUUACGGGCAUUUCAAUGGGGGGCCAUAACGCGUCCCUCGCUGCGACCAGCUGGCACAAACCCAUCGGUGUCGUGCCCUGUCUCUCCUGGACGACGGCGUCGUGCGUCUUUACUCAGGGCGUCAUGUCGGGAUCCAUUCCCUGGCAGGUGCUUCAGUCGCAGUACCUUUCCUACGGCAAGGACGACAAGGAUGAGCUCAAGAAGCUAAUUCACUCUCCGGAAACUAUUAACAUUGAGGAGAUCAUUGAUGCUGGUCGAACUUUUGCCAAAAGCUCCAUCAACUUCAAUAGCAUGCUCUCUGAGCUGAACAUGAGCCUGGGCUCGUAUCUGGAGAAGCUGUUCCCAAAAAGCUCCAAAAGCAGUCAAAGUUCGGCUAAUCAGUCUUCAACAGCGGCCGACAAACCGGUGAACCCUGAUGAGGUAAAACGAGAUACGUUUCACUUUAUGCGCGGCAUCAUGGACGAGUGCACCCACCUGGCAAACUUUACGCCGCUAAUCGACCCUGAGCUGGCGAUCAUCAUCAACGCCCGCCACGACGCCUACGUGCCCAGUGAGGGCGUCAUGCCGCUGACGAACAUUUGGAAGGGCGCCUCGGUGCGCUACCUCAACCGGGGCCACGUCUCCGCCAUCCUCCUAGACAAUGACGUUUUUCGGAAGGCCAUCGCCGACUCGCUGCACCUCAAUGCGACCAAGUACUACGGCCGAGGACUGUUUGACGGCAAUAAUGAUGGAAAUGAGCUAAAAAAGAAGGAAAAGGCCAACUCAGGUGGCUAG